AUGUGCGGCAACAGUAACCGUCCGACCUUCGGGGGCACCAUUGCCGUGCUUUUCCCUAGACAGAACAAGUUGUCGUCAAACAACUCGGAGACUUCACUGUCCUCUUCACCGGAUUCCGUUACUUCAUCCGCUUCAACCUCUUCCAUGUCUUCAUAUUCGCUCUUUUUCCGGGACCCUGAGGUAGACAGUCGCAAAACCAAAGCCAUUUUUCAAAUCGACGAUGCCCAGACUUACCAUGCACUGCGUGAAUGUCAACAGGUGAAUAUGCGCAUUGAGAAAUACGGAGACCUCUCUUCCAACGGAGCAUCUUCCGCUCCCUUGCAUCAAUUCCAGUUGGACUUUACAAAGAAUGCACGAAGUUUCCAGACCAAUGUGGAGUUUGAGUUGCCCGAAAGGCUGGACCUGGGUGUCUCAGAGAAGGGAGUUGUCGGUCGCCAACUCACAAUGAGCGAAACGGACGGGACUAUUCUGGGGAUCGGCAUCGUGGGAUACAAUUGA